AUGAAGGAUACGGACAAGCCGCGUAAUAAUGAAUCCACCACAAAAGAAGAGGGAAACGAUUUCAUCUUAGUAAAGAAUAAACGCAAAACCUUUAGACAAAAGGGAAUAAUUGGAACUGCAACACAAAAUGAGGACAACUCCUGUCAAAUUAAAGGACAAGAGCGUAAGGCAUGGUUGUACGUAGGUCGAUUAAGUAAAGAGACCAAAGACGAAGAUCUUGAGAUUUUUUUACGCAAAGGAUGCCCCACAGCUAAUCAGGUGACAGUUAAAAGAUUGCCGUCAAAAGGGAAUAACGCGUCGUAUUGUGUUGGUAUUGACUUCGCCUGUAAAGAUGUUCUAAUGGAUCCAGAAUUUUGGCCAAAAGGGAUAGAGGUUAGGCGUUUUAAUCUUAACUUUAAUAAACCAAAUAUAGUAGGGGAGAUAAAGUGCAGUAAAAAAGAUAGCAAAGUAGAUAACAAUGUUGACAUUCGUAAACCGAUUAUAGAUCAAAUUGGGGUGCCUAAAAUUGAAGAAAAAGAACCAAUAACUUGCAUCCAACGGGAUGAUAAUAAAUUUAAACUUUACAUGAUGUAUCAGAACGUCCGAGGCUUAAACACCAAAGUGGCUCAGUUUUAUGAAAAUGCUAUUUCUGCUACAUAUGAUUUAAUUUUGCUAACUGAAACCUGGUUGGACGAUUCAGUAGGAUCGUACGAACUUUUUGGGGUUAAUUAUAAUGUAUAUCGCUCUUUAAAAGGAAGAAAGGGUAGGGGAGUGUUGAUUGCAGUCAAUAAUAAAUAUACUGCGGAGUCUGUAUGUUUGAGUUCCCCGUUUGAAGAUAUUGAUAUUUUGGUUAUUAACGUUUUUUGCUGCGCUACACCCCUAACUGUCAUAAAUAUUUAUAUUCCUCCUGCGAGUAGUAUUCAGAUGUACGAGAGUGUUUUGGAAUAUCUGGAAGAAUACCAAGUACAAGAUAUAACACUGAUAGUAGGUGACUUCAAUGUUCCAGAGUUUUAUGCGUGUAUUACGAAAGCCAAGAAUUCCUCCUCAAGGUACCAGAUACUCAACAAUUUUAUGAAUUUCAAUCAGUUAAAACAGCACAAUUAUGUCACAAAUAAUAAUAAUAGAAUCCUAGAUCUUGUAAUGUCAACGGAGAAAAUAACAUGCAAUAUCAAUCGGCUGGUAAACCCGUUAGUAGAUGAAGAUCUUCAUCAUCCAUCUUUGUUGGUUAAGUUGACUAUAAAUUCAAAGCAACGUAAAAAUUUCGAAACCCAGAUGGACAUUGUUCGAUAUAAUUUUAGAAAAGCUGAUUUUCCGGGGUUAUAUGGUGCUUUGAUGAAAAUGGAGUGGUCUGACAUACUUGAGAUACAUGAUGUGAAUGAUAUCUGCGCAUAUUUUUAUGACAAAAUAUAUGAGAUGUUCGAGAUAUAUGUCCCGAAGACGAAGGUGGUAACAACUCAUUUUCCCCUCUGGUAUUCGUCAAAUACUAUCAAAAUGAUUAAGAAGAAGGACCGUAUAUGGAAAUCGUAUAAGAUAUCUCACAUAUUAUCAUGUAAAGAAGCAGCGCGAAAACUGGAGGAGCAAAUAAAGAUAGAAAUCAAGAAGGAUUUUCGUAAUUUUCAAAGGUCCGCUGAAGCUAACAUGAAAUCUGAUCCUGCCAGAUUUUGGUCAUACGUUGCAACUAAGAAAGGUAGAACACGUAUACCAGGGAGAAUGAUUUAUAAAGGGAAACCGAUAUCUACACCUAGAGAUAUUGUCAAUUCAUUUGCGGAUUGUUUUAGUAGUGUAUUCGAGCCAGCAAGCUUCGUAGAAAAUAGGAAUGGUGUAUUUGGUUGUGGUAAUUCCCGGGAAAAUACAAUAGCAGACAUCGGAGAAGACGACGGAUUUGAGAAUCAAGGUUGUUCUGUAAGUGUUCUUCAUACAUUUUGUGUAACGGAUGGUGAUAUUUUACAAGCAGCGAAGAAGCUUAAGUCAAAUUUAACGAGUGGUGAUGACAGCAUCCCAGCAUUCAUAGUGCGUGAUUGUAUAAGUGUUCUGUUGUUACCUUUAAGUCAUUUAUAUAAUUCUAUAAUUUCAUGCGCUGUGUAUCCUGAAGUUUGGAAAGUAGCAAAGGUUAUUCCGUUGUUCAAAUCUGGCUCUAAAGAAGAUGUGGAUAAGUAUAGACCAGUUGCAAUCAUUUCAAAUUUCGCAAAGGUUUUUCAGAGUACUCUUGUCAAGUAUAUGUAUAGCCACGUUAAACAGAUGAUAGUAAGCCAACAACAUGGAUUUAUGCCAGGCAGAUCCACAACCACUAAUUUAUGUAAUUUUUCGCAAGAUAUGUCAAACUUAUUGGAUCAACAGUUACAAGUGGAUGUUGUUUAUACGGAUAUGACAAAGGCGUUUGACAAAGUCAACCAUGCGUUAUUGAUAAAUAAACUCAUUGAGGUAGGUUUGUGUGACAAGUUGAUCCAAUUAUUUCAAUCAAUCCUUGUGGGUCAGAAACAGUAUGUCUAUUACAUGUAUUGUAAAUCUUAUAUGUAUGAGUGCAGUAGUGGGGUGUGCCAAGGUUCGAAUUUAGGACCAUUGUUGUUUACUAUCUUCAUAAACGGGUUAAUAGCAUUAUUAAAGAAGCACUGUAAAGUUUAUGCGUAUGCUGAUGAUAUAAAAUUUUUAAAACCUAUUCGGAAUGUGACUGACUGUGAAGCAUUGCAAAAUAUCGGGAGCAUCUUUUAUGAGUGGUGUAAUGAUAAUAGAUUGGAAGUGAAUGUUCUUUUCUUAGAGAAAUACAUUUUAAUGUUCCUCGCCUCGAAGCUAGAAACUCAAGGACUUUUGUACUGGAUCUAG